ACUGCAGGAGGCUUCCCUCCGGUUGUGUAGUGGAAGAUAUGCCUAAUGGCUAUUCCAAGGUUACAUGGAUAGAACACGCUGAAUACGAUGAGAGUGUAAUUCAUCAUCUCUACCGGACUUUGAUCAAUUCUGGCAUGGGAUUUGGUGCCCAAAGGUGGAUAGCUACCCUCCAACGACAAUGCGAAUGUCUUGCCAUUCUCAUGUCAUCUGCUGUGCCCGCACGUAAUCAUAACGCCAUAACUGCUAGUGGGCGAAGAAGCAUGUUGAAGCUUGCCCAACGAAUGACCAACAGCUUUUGCGCUGGUGUAUGUGUUUCCACCGCUAACAAAUGGAACAAACUUUGUAUUGGCAAUGCGGACGAAGAUAUCCAAAUCAUGACCCGAAAGAGUGUGGACGACCCGGGAGAGCCCCCGGGCAUUGUUCUGAGUGCUGCAACUUCUGUCUGGCUACCGGUAUCCCCACAGAGACUCUUUGAUUUCCUUCACGAUGAACACCUCAGAAGCGAGUGGGACAUCCUAUCCAAUGGCGGUCCCAUGCAAGAAAUGGCCCACAUUGCUAAAGGCCAAGAUCAUGGAAACUGCGUCUCCCUCCUCAGAGCAAGUAAUAGCAUGCUUAUACUCCAGGAGACAUGUAUAGACGAGACAGGGUCGCUUGCGGUGUAUGCACCCGUUGACAUUCCAGCCAUGCACGUGGUGAUGAAUGGUGGAGAUUCUACUUAUGUUGCCCUUCUUCCUUCAGGGUUUGCGAUUGUACCUGAUGGGUCUCGUGGGCCCACUAGCAACGGUUAUCCAAACCCGAGAGUAAGUGGAUCAUUAUUGACAGUAGCCUUCCAAAUAUUGGUUAACAGUCUCCCUACGGCCAAGCUCACAGUGGAAUCGGUGGAUACCGUCAAUCAUCUCAUUUCUUGCACCGUGCUGAAAAUCAAGAACGCUCUUAACUGUGAAAGUUGAUCGUGUUUGCGGAUUUUUAUUCAUAACAAUAAUAAAAAUAAUGUAGUUGGUGUCUACUCCAAGUGUCGGGGUGAGUCAAGAACGAACCGCGUGCUAAGACAACCCUUACAGGGUGUUAGUAGGAGCAUUGGCAAGGGUGGUGGUUCGGGUAUUGACUCAGUAAGUAGUGCCCUUUGAGCUGGCUACAGGUUAAAUAAAGGAUGGAUUUUGACAUUUGACAUUACUGUUCUAUUGCAAUUUAUGUAUUUGCUUUUCUUGACAGUAAUAAAUGUGCUGAAUUUUGCAUGACAAUUU